AUGCUGAUCAAGCCUAGCCGUAGGUUUUCACAAGGAAGGGCCUUGAGCAACGGAGGACCAGUUGUUUCCAAUGGUGGCGGAUUCGGUGGCUCAAUCAAUCCAGUCGGGGGCAAUGGUGGCUCAGGGGGAGGCAGUAGGUUUGAUCGUGCUGGCCCAAACGAUGCUGGUCGAGGUACUCCUGGUCAAGGCAAUGAUGGGGGCAUCUCCGACAGAACUGCAUUUGGAGCAGGAGGUGGUGGAGGGGGAGCGGGUGAAGUCGGCGGCAUUGCCCGUGAUGAACACCUUGGUGGAGAUGGAGGAGAUGGAGUCGAGUCCAAUAUCACGGGAACGCCGCUGUGGGUCGGUGGGGGAGGCGGUGCAGGCGUGAACGACAAUUUCCCAAACCCACAAGUGGUACCGGGUGGUGGAGGUGCUGGGGGACGCGGAGGGGGAGGAAAUGGUAGCAGUUUGGCUACACCCUUCAAUGGGGUGCCUCAGGAAGGUUGCUUCAUUGGUUCAGAUGGAGUGCCCAACACAGGCGGUGGAGGAGGAGGCACGGACCCCGAAUGCACCUUCGCAGGCAACGGAGGCUCUGGAAUCGUUGUGCUUCGAUACCAGAGCGCUGAGCCAAUCUUAUUUGGAGGCAGCGUGAGCUCUCUCGACGGGUAUAUUAUUCACACUUUCGCAGACGUGGGCGAAAGCAAUCUGACCUAUCCUUUCGAAUGUUUCGGGUGUCAAUUCUUCCCUGUGAGUGGUCCUCAGUUCCGACGCUGUGACUACUGGGGGGAUCCGCACUACACAGCAAGUUGGGGCCCCCACGGCCGGUUCGACUACCAAGGCCUAGGUGUCCACGAGGUGGUGAACAACAGUGAGUUUUGUCAGAGCUUCAGGAUGCAGGCAUUCCACUGCCAGUACAGAAGAUCCCGGAAUGCCGUAACCCUUGGAGUGGCCUUCCUUCUCGACAACAACACCCGGGUCUUUAUGAACGAUUCCUUCGUAUUCGUGACCCCAGGCGGCGAGGAUCGCGUGUCCGUGAAUGGUCCCAUCUCCACGUCUCAGCUUCAAAGUGGAGUGGAUAUCCAGACAGGUGAUCAUUGCAACUUCGCAAACAUCAACGGGGUGCGCAUCCGUGGAAAGCCCGGAUACAUCUUGAACGCCAAGAUCCGGGCGCACGAUGAGGUAGAUGCCCCACAAGGUAUCUGUGGAGCGGAGUUUCUUGCAUCUACCUUUGUGAGCGAUCCAGCCGACUACCUUUUCACGGAUGAUGAGUUCAUAGAGCUUUGCAACCACUGCGAGUCCUUUGGAGGCACCGGCGCUACCGGAUGCCCAGGAGUCACGACGACCACCAGUGUUCCAGUGGUUCUGAGUGACCGUUGCAGCUUUGCAAGGCCUGGUGUCAAUGCGAACAUCCCAGGGACACUGAGUACUGUGGAGGAAUGCGAAAUCAGCGACGGGACAUCACCUUUCGAUCAAUAUGCGCAGAAGCAGCCCAAUGCAAACCUUUCCAGUUUCGACGACGUUUGUGUCUUCUUCUACGCCUCAAACAGUGGUGCUUUAAAUUGCAACGCUGUGUGUGGUUUACUCGGAACUACUUGCAAUUCCUUCUUGGGGCGCGUCGGUGCCUCUGGAAGCUGUUCCGCGGCAACCAAUAGCUUUGCUGACUGUGAUGGUACGCCCUUUGGUGAUGCCAUCUGUGCCUGCAACAUCAACCAGGACUUCAUCCCUGAUCAGGGUGAAAGCGUUGAAGAGAUCGUGGCGGCUGCGCAGGCGGACCCGAACAUAAGCUUCGAAGAUGCUGUGGGCAACUGCACCACCGGAUGGUUGGAGGGGGUGGUGCUUCCGGCGAACCUGUCAAACACAUCGAUCACUUUGACCGAUGAGCAGUUCAAUGUCUUAAGCUGCAUUGCGGAUUGGGUCUUCGCAGAACCGGAGGAUCGAGGUGCCAUUGUUACGGUUACACAGGAGCAGGACCCGAUCAUCCCACCAAAUGCCUGCAUCGCCACCGAUGGACAAAGCCUUGAGAAUUUUGCCAACUACCC